UUUGCUCAAAUUCGUUUUUGUUUUUUAAUAUCUGAAUGAGUAUUUUAUUCAAUAUUGUCAUAUGAAUUUGUUUAACCUAAUAAGUACUCUAUGGUUUUAAGUCGAGGUAAUUUAAGUAUGUUUAGAUAUGUCUGGUGUUUACGACAAAUCGAAGCAUAGUAUUUUGUAUUUCGCAAACCGCAUUGGGACCCUUCUGGGAUUUGAUGUCAUUAGUGAUAUUUCAGACAUUAAUAUUGAAUUCUUCGAAUACGUACUUCGGAGUAUCAGCGAUUUCAAAUGUGAUUCCUCUCUAGAAAAUGAAAGCCGCUGGCAGUACUUGCUGCAAUCACUGUCAAACUUAAUGGGCAUCCCGCUUGAAUAUAUAUCUGCCAAAAAUUUGUGCGCGGAUAAUCGGAAUGAUCUCCACAAUCUUCUUGAAAUUAUUGAUCUUCUAACAGAAGUUUCAUCCUUCAGUAUUUUGAAUAACUUUUCGGAUUGCAACCAUGAUCACCAAAUGAACUCAAUCGUAGAUGACUCAAAGAGAAGUAAAUUGCACGGAAAUGUUUCAUACAAACUUAGGAAUGACCACAACACGGAUUCUGAAUAUGUUUCGGUGCCAAUUUCCUUCAGUGAUUUUCGAUUUGGUUCUACGAACGAAGCAAAAGACAAUCUAGAAUAUAUCUUACAGUCUACAAAUAAAGCAGAGAAUAGUGAUACUAUUAGACUGGCAUAUUUACGAGAAAAAUUGAAAGACUGUUUAUCAGUUAUGCGGCACAACAGAAGCAGUUUUAAAAACACAGAGUCUUGGGUAAAUACUGUUUUACAGCCAGAUUCAGUUCCCACUGGACAGCAAACUGAUAUGGGUACUGAAAAUGGUUUCAGUUUCAAAGAAAACGAUCAUGGGGUUGGAAGUUUCUUUUCAGCUGACGACAAAAUAAAAUGCCCGUCUACUGCGAAACACCUCACAUUUAAACGUUAUAAAUCUGGCUGCAGUAGUGUAAUUAAACCUCAUGCUAAACCUCUGGUGGAACCAUUGGCUAUUUGUAGAAAAAAGCAUUCAUAUGUAAUGGAUCCAAACAGUGUCUGUGAAGAAAAUCAAGAACGAUCUGAACAACCGUUCAACAGAAUACUUAAGGCAUUUCCAAGACUUGAUUUAGACGGGCAUGAAGAGCACAUUCUUCAAAGAAAAGCGUUAAGCGUGAUAAAACAAUUUUCGGACAAUUUUCCCACUGAUCUGUCGUCGCUGCGUGCUUCAGCUAUCAGUAAACCGGGAUCUCUGCUGAGAAAUGUUGAAGAAACCCAGAAGCAUCGUCUUUGUCAGUUAUUACGCCAUGAUCGUCAGAUAGACAAUCUCAGGAAACAACGAGCAAUUGAAGCUGUUGAACGACGCAUCCGAGCAGAAGCUAGGGAACGCAAGUUCCAGCUUAUUAGAGCUAAGAAAUAUUUUGAUGAAUUUGUUCGAGAAUUUCGCCUCAAAAAAUUGAGUAAAAUUAAUGCUGAUGAACAGAUAUCGUGUUCGACUGGAGUUGUUGGAUGAAAAUAUCAAAAAGGAGCGUGAUGAACAAUCAAUUCGCAUGCGUGAAGAACAAAAAAUAUUGAAGAAUGGUAAACGGGAUUUACGCCGUCAUUUGGAAACAAGUUUACGUGAAACGCAAGAAGCAUUUUUAAAUAAUAAAGACAGAGUAUAUUUCAGAGAACAAGAAGCGAAGAUGCUUUUAACAUCGAAUAAGCUUUCCUUAUAAUUCUAAAGGAAAUCAUUGAAACCAUUUAUUUGUACGAUUUUGUGAUUAGUAAUCGUAUUUGUCAAUCGACUUUACCCAGUCUCUUCAUAUUGUACAGCUUUAGUGUAUAUGGGAUAUUUUUGAACAAGUUCAUUCUGGAUUGACAUAUAAGUAACUUUUAUGAGAUAAUAUAAACUUGAUUAUCG